CGGCUGGACCACUUACUUCCUGGUGCUGAAGUGACAGCGCCGUCGCCGCGCCCGGCCCCGCCUCCCGCCCGGCCCCGCCUCCCGCCCGGCCCCGCCUCCCUAACUCACCAGGAAAUUCCCUUCAAGCCCUGGCCCGAACUGAGUCCCCGCCCACCCGCCAGCGUCACGGCGCCCGACUCAGCUCCGCGCCGGACCCACCUCCGCGCCCUCAGGCCCUGCAUAUGCCCCGCCCCGCGCGGAAGUUCCGGCGGUUGGUUGCCUUGCGCGGCCGUUACAGCCUUUGCCCUAAGCCUCGCCCCCUUCCCCCCUGUCUGCCCAAUCCCGACUGCUUCCUUGGGUGGGGGCGUGGCUAUGGGGCGAGGCGCUCUCAGGUGGAGGCCGUGCCCCGCUCCGCGCUGACGAAGCUGCGUCACUUCCGGCGUGUGCGUCUGGCGUCCGCGCGCUGCACAAUGGCGGCUCUGAAGAGUUGGCUGUCGCGCAGCGUAACUUCAUUCUUCAGGUACAGACAGUGUUUGUGUGUUCCUGUUGUGGCUAACUUUAAGAAGCGGUGUUUCUCAGAAUUGAUAAGACCAUGGCACAAAACUGUGACGGUUGGCUUUGGAGUAACCCUGUGUGCGGUUCCUAUUGCACAGAAAUCGGAGCCUCAUUCCCUUAGUAGUGAAGCAUUGAUGAGGAGAGCAGUGUCUUUGGUAACAGAUAGCACCUCUACCUUUCUCUCUCAGACCACAUAUGCAUUGAUUGAAGCUAUUACUGAAUAUACUAAGGCUGUUUAUACCUUAACUUCUCUUUACCGACAAUAUACAAGUUUACUUGGGAAAAUGAAUUCAGAGGAGGAAGAUGAAGUGUGGCAGGUGAUCAUAGGAGCCAGAGCUGAGAUGACUUCAAAACACCAAGAGUACUUGAAGCUGGAAACCACUUGGAUGACUGCAGUUGGUCUUUCAGAGAUGGCAGCAGAAGCUGCAUAUCAAACUGGCGCAGAUCAGGCCUCUAUAACCACCAGGAAUCACAUUCAGCUGGUGAAACUGCAGGUGGAAGAGGUGCACCAGCUCUCCCGGAAAGCAGAAACCAAGCUGGCAGAAGCACAGAUAGAAGAGCUCCGUCAGAAAACACAGGAGGAAGGGGAGGAGCGGGCUGAGUCGGAGCAGGAGGCCUACCUGCGUGAGGAUUGAGGGCCUGAGCACACUGCCCUGUCUCCCCACUCAGUGGGGAAAGCAGGGGCAGACGCCACUCUGCCCAGGGUUGGCAUGACUGUCUCUGCACCGAGAAGAGGCGGCAGGUCCUUCCCUGGCCAAUCAGGCGAGACGCCUUUGUGAGCUGUGAGUGCCUCCUGUGGUCUCAGGCUUGCGCUGGACCUGGUUCUUAGCCCUUGGGCACUGCACCCUGUUUAACAUUUCACCCCACUCUGUACAGCUGCUCUUACCCAUUUUUUUACCUCACACCCAAAGCAUUUUGCCUACCUGGGUCAGAGAGAGGAGUCCUUUUUGUCAUGCCCUUAAGUUCAGCAACUGUUUAACCUGUUUUCAGUCUUAUUUACGUCGUCAAAAAUGAUUUAGUACUUGUUCCCUCUGUUGGGAUGCCAGUUGCGGCAGGGGGAGGGGAACCUGUCCAGUUUGUACGAUUUCUUUUUAAGUAUUUCUGAUGUGUUCUCUGAUCUGCCCCCACUGUCCUGUGAGGACAGCUGAGGCCAAGGAGUGAAAAAUCUGUUAGUACUAAGAGAAGGGAUGCAGAGUGUUUACCUGGUGCUCUCAACAGGACUCUUAACACAG